UUGUUUAAGCCCAAUUGUAAAGUUCAUAGACUGACAUCGAGGGUCAUGAUUAAAUCCAAACACAGAUUAAAAAAACACUCAAAUCAGUCCAUAUUCAUUCGGCCGAAAAAUUGCCCUAAAAUCUACCUCCGCCGCCGACCUCCGCCUCCACUUCCAUCCACUCCCCGUCUCCGGCAUCUCCACUCCCUAUCUCCGACCACGAGUCGAAGCUCUAAGUUCGGCUGCUAAUUUUCCCUUCGAAGCUCGAAGCUGAGCUGGCGAUUUUCCGGUUGGAGCUCGACGACGAGUCGAAGAUCCUCAGUCCGCAGUCCUCAUAAGUUAGAAUCGAACCUCUAUUUGGCAUUAUUGAAGACGUAAAUUUGUAUCCCGAUUUCGUGAUAAGAAUGUCAGACAGAGAAAUGGAAAGCGACUCGGAUGCCCCUGAGGUGUUUUCCGUCCGGCAGGGGAUGCAACAAGAUGAAGAGAUACGGAAAGUGCAAAGAGAAAAUAAGGCUAGGGUAGUGCGUGAGGUAAAAGAACGUCGCAGAAAAUGGGCAAAUAAUUUGACUCCAAAGCCUUUGCCCAAAGGAAGAAGCACCAAAGAUGAAACUGAAUCCAAAACUGAAACAAAUGAGGACUCUCAGGGCAACAAUGGAAUGCUGCCGGAUGACAUUGUGAAACUUCUUGCGGCCCGUGAAAAGAUAGUCUUCACAUCCGAUUCUGAGGAUGAGAAAGUUGAGAAAAAGGGCACCUCAAAAAAGCGAAAGCUGAAAAGAUCCGGGUUAGUUGGAACCUGUUAUCUUGAAGGAGAUACCGUCUGCUCAAUGUGUACAGAGUUCAUUGGAAUUUUUGAACAAACAAAGAAUGAGGGUCCCGAGAUCCUCUGCAGUUUUGAACAACUCAAAUCAAGCUUUGCGCCUCCUAUCGAAAUCUGGCUUGUUAAAGUAGAAGUGAUGGAAAUCCUAAUCAUGGUACCUUUUAAAAUUAUUCGCAGUUUUGGGGACUUAGACAUCGAAACCACUACUUUGAUUUGAUGUUAGUUAUUACCUGUUAACUUACGCACUAUAAGAAUUUGAAUUCAUAUAUAUCUUACAUUUGUGUCCUGCAAAAAAUCAUACAUGGAUUGCUUGUUAUAUAUUUGCACUCAGGAUAGCUAUGCAGCUGAUUUUGAAUCUUGAUUGAUUAGAUAACAUUGAUAGAGCUGAUUCUGAAUCUUGAUUGAUUAAGAUAAAAUUGAUAGUUAUACGCGACUUGUCUUAGUAAAAAGUUUUGCUUAUGGGUUCAGUAACUAAUUGUUAAUGUACUUCUAUCAUUCUAUGUAACCUUGUUUUGCAUCACUGAUGUGCUGAUCAAUAAAAUAAUAUUUCAUUUCGACAGAAAUAAAAUAAAAUGAAAUGUUG